UGGUGGAGUCCAGGUCGUGCUCAACAUGGCUCAACAACUAUUCUGGGUUUUUAUUUCUUUGAUAAUGCUCACACUGGCUGAAGAGAGAGAACAAUCAGAGCUCCUUGUAGACUCAGCCAAGUAUGAAGCAGAGAUGGAGCUGCUGAAGUGUUUUCGCUGUGACCUCGGCUUCUGGGACGCCUGCUACACCACGGAAACCAAGUGCAGCCGAGGAGAGCGCUGCUACACGGGCCGAGGGAAGGCAGCUGACGUCCUAGAUGUGAAGACUUUGGGCUGUGCAAAAGCGGAGGAGUGCGGAGUGGAGACCACAGUGGCAGUCUUACCAAACAACACCAUCUUUGUCAUGACCAAACACUGCUGUGACACACCGUUCUGUAACUCAGCUCGCCAACACCUCUUUACUCUCCUACACGUUGCCUUGGCUCUGCUUUUGACGCUGUACGUCACUGGAGCUUUCAUAUAAAUCACCAAUAAAUUCACUGUUGAGCAAACCUAAAAAGGUGUCACUGUUUUGCUGUGAUUUGAUACUAUGGCGCAAACAUCUGGUACAAAUAUUAUCUCAGUUUUAACCAACUGAAGAAAUCUAAUAAAUAUGAGUUUAUAAAAUGCCACAAGGACAAAAUCAUUAUCUAGUCACGGCCCAGAUGUGAGUGGUUUAUUGGUUAUUUUGUUGGUUGGUUACGUUUGGCUAUUUUUGUGAGAACAUCAUCUACAAGAGAAAAUAAAAAGAUGGAGGACAUUUGUGGUUUCUCUACAUUUGUGGUGUCCUGUUCAUGUUAAACUUCCCUCGAACAUCUAACACACUCAGCUCCCAAUAACCAGCUGACCAGUGAAAAAAAAAA